GGUGCGGAGUGAAACCUCCGCCUGAACCGACGACAAUAACUUCCCCAGGAUCCCUCGCGUCACCGUGUGCUCAUCUGCGGUUGUUUCAAACAUGGAGGAAAGAGAAAGAAAAAGUCUAAAACCAGAUAAUAAAGCCACGGCAACCGCAAGUUGUUCGAGUGCGCCAUCGGUACCGGAGCGUGAACCGGAGGCACGCAGUAAAACCGGGGACGUGGACGCAGAUAAAACAGACGUCUGCUCCGAUAACUUCGACCCUCUCUUGGCCUUGUACUCGCCGGCUGUAACGCUUCCUUUCCCUAAUGUCAAAUGCUUCAACAAUGUGUCCGCGUACGAGAGCUUUCUGAAGGGCGGCCGGGGCAGAGCCAAACCGGAGAAUGUGGAGAAGAAGCGGCUGAAGGCGAUGAAAGGGGUGGCGGACCCGGAGCGCAUCGAGAGGCUGAAGAAGCUCAUGGUGAACAACCCGGUGCAGGGGACGGAGGAGGGGGAGAGCAGCGGCACACCGUAUGUAAAGGCAGUCCAUUGGGGGAGCUGUACCGGUGCGUUGAGGAGAGGAUAAGGGUCAAAGUUCACAUCAGGACCUUCAAGGGGCUGAGGGGUGUGUGCACUGGCUUUGUUGUGGCCUUCGACAAGUUCUGGAACAUGGCAAUGGUAGAUGUGGAUGAGACAUACAGAGAGCCUCUGCUUGGAGAGGCAUUCUACCAUGAGAAAGCCCUCACCAUCUCAAGGCUCUUUGAGAAGCUAAAUCUCCAGGAGAGCUCAGGAGGUAACGAGCCACCAAAGAAGCACGAAGACCGGGAAACAGCCAGCAAGCAUCAGGCCGCUCACUGUACUGGCAAAGGAGGGCACAGCAGGACGGAGUCCAAGCUGUCAGACACUGUUAGACCCAAACAGGAUAAACACAAAGUCUCACUGAAGGCCCAGGGCCCAGAGGUCUGUCAGAAGAAAGACUCCCAGAUGUAUGGCAAGGUCCAUACACGCCACAUCAACCAGCUUUUCAUCCGGGGUGAGAACGUCAUCCUGGUCAACCCACAGCCGCUCUGAUCUUUGUUUUCUGUUUGAUACUUACCCUGGAUAACAGAACAAAUGUGCUACAACCACAAUCUGUAAAAUCUAAGUGUUAUUUUAUGCUGAACAUCUGUAACGACUGGUAUGAAAUACUGCAGACGAACUGCCAGAGAAAUAUGAUUUAAUUAGAUUCAGAGGAAUCAAACAGGGACUAUUGUUAUAUCAUAUUGAUAUGGAGGUUUUCUCUGCCCACCAGAGGAAUUAUCUUGAUUUUGAGGAAUAAAAGCUUCUCAUUUCUAA